CGUCACGGUGGAAACAGCGCAUGCAGAGCCCCCUGGUGUCCAGAAAGGGGAGCAAGAGCGUCGACUCAUCGGAGGAGGAUGCUGCGAGUGCGGAGGAUGAUAACGUGGCUUCACACAAUUACAAAAAUCUGCAGAAGUUCCAGAAGUCGCAUAUUAGGCAGAAGCUGAAGAAGGGACGGCGAACCGACCCUGCUUCCGCUGCCGUUGCACCCUCUCAGCAGGUGGCACCGCGUCCCUCGCGGCGCCGCGAGUUUGUCAUGCGUAACAAGGCGCCGCUGUGGAACGAAGCGAACCAGGUGUACCAGCUCGACUUCGGCGGCCGUGUCACGCAGGAGUCGGCAAAGAACUUUCAGGUCGAGUCGAAGGCGAAGCAGGUGAUGCAGUUUGGUCGUAUCGACGGCAACGCAUACACGCUCGACUUCCAGCAUCCGUUCACUGCAGCCCAGGCCUUCGCCGUCGCCCUAGCCAACGUCACGCAGCGACUCAAGUAGCAGUGCGACCUGGUGGCGGCAGCGUGCAGGCUGGUGUCGUCGUUAACAUCGUGCGGCGACUCAAGUAGCAGCGCCACCUGCUGGCGACAGUGUGCACACUGUUGUUGUUGCCAACAUCACGUGGCAACUCAAGUAGCAGUGGCACCUGGUGGCAGCGGGCCCUCGCUGUCACUCUCUGUCCCUCGCAUUGCGGCUUGAUGAGUAGCGCCACCUGCAGGGCAAUGUAUAGAAACAGUGUGGUCAGGCGGCGCCCUACGUCACCAGCCGUGACCACAAGGUGGCACCACUGGCCGGUGGCGAUUGCCGCCGCGGACGGUAGGCAACUGCAUGGGCGCCUACGGCAACGUCCAACCUCGUGCACGCUCGGUGGGGUGACAUCAUAGAAACUCGUGCACGCUCCUCGCGAUGACAUCAUCAAACCUCGUGCACGCUCCGCGCGAUGACGUUAUCGAACCUCGUGCACGCUUCACGCUAUGACAUCAUCGAAUCUCGUGCACGCUCCACGCGAUGACGUCAUCAAACCUCGUGCACCCUCCACGCGAUGACGUCAUUGAACCUCGUGCACGCUCCGCACGAUGACGUUAUCGAAUCUCGUGCACGCUCUGUGCGAUGACGUCAUCGAAACCGGCGUGCACCGAAGACCGGGGCCGUCA